UUAGAUUAGGCGCUUUGUUGACAGGCUGUUCUCUGAAGCUGGCAAGGUCCUCUCCCCAGUCCCACGGAAAACCAUCUCUGCGUUUCCACUACGCAACAUUCGGCGAAAUCGUCCUUCCCUUCCUCCGUUCGUCUUUCAAGAUUUAUCGCCAUCUUCGCUUGCUCGCUUGCCGGAAAACCAAUGGAUUUUAGUUUUAUGUCAUACUUCGAUCGUUUCAGAAGUUCUGCCAAUUCAUUCUUAUCGCAAUACGAGCCAAUUGUUCUGCUCCUCUCUCCCCUGCUUCCUGUCCUUCUCGCCCACACAAUUCGGUCGUUUUUUCAUGUCGUGCGCGAUAAAGGACUUAAACCCACUCUUAUAGGGCUACUCAUCAACUCUAUCAAAUUGAUCCCUGGUGUGAAGAGUUACAUCAAUGCCGAAAAACAGAAGGUUGUGGAUAAGUUGCAGUCUGACAGCAAAUCUAAAAGGGAAGGUUGGAGAACAGAGCUACCAAGGGCAGGACUAGGGAUGGAAGUUCUUGAAAAAAUGAGAGAUGAGAAAAGAAAUGAUGUCAUUUGGCAAGGAAAAUGCUCUGGUACCGUCUACAUUGGAGGAAGUGAAUUUGAUGCACACUUUUCUCUGAUAAAUGAGGCAUGCUCAAUGUUUGCACAUACCAAUCCUUUGCAUUUGGAUGUAUUUCAAAGUGUUGUGCGCUUUGAGGCAGAAGUGGUUGCAAUGACAGCUGCACUUCUUGGAGGUAGAGAAAAAAGUUCGGGUGGGCAAAUUUGUGGAAAUAUGACAUCAGGAGGGACGGAAAGUAUAUUAUUAGCUGUCAAGUCAUCACGUGACUAUAUGAAGUCUAAAAAAGGAAUUACAAGACCUGAAAUGAUAAUACCUGAGUCUGCACACUCAGCAUAUGACAAGGCUGCUCAAUAUUUUAACAUCAAACUCUGGCGCAUUCCUGUUGACAAAAGAUUUCAAGCGGAUCUGAAAGCAAUUCAACGUCAUAUUAACAAAAAUACCAUCUUGAUUGUUGGCUCUGCCCCUGGAUUUCCCCAUGGAAUAAUUGACCCCAUUGAAGAACUUGGUGACCUGGCAUCAGGCUUUGGAAUUUGCUUUCAUGUUGACCUUUGUCUUGGUGGCUUUGUAUUACCUUUUGCUCGUAAGCUUGGGUACUCGAUUCCACCUUUUGACUUCUCCGUUAAAGGAGUUUCUUCAAUAUCAGUGGACGUGCACAAAUAUGGUUUAGCUCCCAAAGGAACAAGUAUAGUACUGUACAGGAACCAUGACAUCAGAAAGCAUCAAUUUGUUGCUGUUACUGAAUGGUCUGGUGGGUUGUAUGUUUCUCCAACCAUGGCUGGAAGCAGGCCUGGAGGCCUUAUUGCUGGGGCUUGGGCAGCAAUGAUGUCCAUUGGGGUAGAAGGUUACCUGGAGAAUACAAAAGCAAUUAUGGAUGUUUCAAGAAGAAUACAGGAGGGCAUUGGAGAGAUUCCAGAAUUAUUCAUCGUUGGAAGACCUGACAUGACAAUUGUGGCCUUUGGAUCUGAUGUUCUGGACAUAUUUGAAGUCAAUGAUAUCAUGUCAUCCAGAGGGUGGCAUUUGAAUGCAUUGCAGCGACCGAACAGCAUUCAUAUCUGUGUGACGCUGCAGCAUUUGGCGGUUGUUGAAGACUUCCUCAGGGAUUUAAAGGAAUCUGUUAUAACCGUAAAAGAAAAUCCUGGUCCAGUAAGUGGAGGGUUAGCACCUAUAUAUGGUGCGGCAGGCAAGAUGCCUGAUAGAGGUAUGGUAGAGGAAUUGCUGGUGGAUUUCAUGGACGGUACCUGCUAGCUUGCAAGUGUGCCUAAAACUUGAAUUUGGUUGUAUGUUUCCAUUUCUCAAUUGUACCAGAAUUUUGUGGCACCUGCAGGCAAUGUAGACGAUUAAGAUACUAUCUGUUAAAUCUUUUAAAGCCAACUUUUGUUUUUGGGGCCAAACCUUUUAAACCCAAUUUAAAGACGUUUUUUCA